AUACUCAAUGUUUUGGGAAAAUAUCGAUACAUUGUAAACAUUUAAGAAAUCGAAAAAUCGUGUUAGGGAAUCGAGGUGCUCGAUGUAUCGUCGCCUUUUUACAUCUCUAUCUUCAGCCGAAAUUGUUAUUGGUUUCAUCAUCCAUAAAUAAUAAUUGCUUAUUAUUAUUUGAAAAGACACAGAACAUGGACGUGGACCAGCUAAACGUGGCUGACAUCGUCUUCGUUAUUGAAAAGAGUGCCAUAAAUGGCGCUUAUCUAAGCGAAGUAAAGAGCAAUUACAUCCUUCCAACAUUGGAACACUUUUCAGGAUCGUAUUUUUUGGACGAGCGUGAAUAUUUGAUAUCAGAGCGAUACUCCACACUUUACGGUAUUGUAACUUACCGCACAGCUGCAAACCUUUUGGAGCCGCUCUGCACAACAUACGGACCAUACGCGCAAACACAAAAGGUCAUGGACGUCAUCGAACGCUUACCUCUCGUCGGGGGAGGCAUGGAAUCUUGCGCUCAUAUGGCGGAAGGGUUUGCCGCUGCUCACGAGUGCUUCGAUGAUAUAAGCGAACAACGAAGCCGAAGUAUGCUGGAGCAGGCAAGCGUCCAACGUCAUUGCAUACUUAUAUGCAAUAGCCCGCCUUAUCAGAUGCCCGUCACAGAUUCAUGGAAAUAUAUGGGAAAGACAUGUGAGCAAAUGGCAACGCUUUUUAACGAGCGCAAGAUCAACCUAUCUAUUAUUGCGCCCCGGAAAAUGCCUAUACUUUUUAAACUGUUUAUGAAGGCUGACGGGGAUCAACCAAUCACGACAAAGAACUAUACUAAGAAUAUUCGGCAUUUGGUCUUGCUCAAAGGCUACAGCUUAAAAGAGCGGGCACCCAGUCCUAACAGCAUGACAACAACAUCAGCGCAGCAUCACAUGGGAGCACCGGCUACUACACAAACGGCAGUUCAAGGUCCCAUUCAGCAAACUGCUCCUCAACAACAGCAGCAACAGCAGCCAGGACAAGGUAUGAACAUGGACACUUCGGUGGCGCAGCAACAACAGACUGGAAUACAGCAACAGCCGGCAACUCAACAACAAUCUGGAGCUGUCGGUUCAACUUCAGGGCUGAUGAAUACUCAGCAACAGCAGCAACUAAUGCAGCAACAACAAAAUCAAUUUGUUCCAAAUCAAAUGCAAAAUCCCAUGCAAAAUCCAAACUUCCAGCAAAACGUUGUACCUGGGCAGAAUCGCUGGAUGUAUCCCAAUCAACCUGGCCAACCGCGCCCACCGUUUAUGCAAGGCCCAGCCGGAGGAAUGUCCCUACAGCAGAAUCCAAAUUCUGCGUUAAUAUCGCGAAUCAAUGCCCCUCCGAACCAGCCUGUUAAUUCAUUGCUGCAGCAGCAGCAAGCACAGCAGCAACAGCGCUUACAAAUGUUAAAUCAACAUCAAUUCAAUCAACAGCUACAACAGCAGAUAGCACAACAGCAACAACAUGUGCAACAGCAACAACAAGUGCAGCAUCAGCAAGGUAAUCUUAAUACAAAUGCAAACAUGAUGCAAACUGCAGUAUCUGGCGCAGGGCAAGUUCCAAAUCAGCAACAACAAACACAGCAGUCUGGAACGCAGCAGACGCCACAGCAACAGACCGCAUCCCAACAGCAGCAACAGGCUCAACAACAGCAGCAGGCUCAACAACAGCAACAACCUCAGCAACAAGAGCAAGCCUCACUCCGCGAAAAGAUCUGGUCAGGAGUGCUUGAAUGGGCUGAAAAAUCAAAGAAUGAGCAACAGAAAAUUACACACACACUCCAUUGCACGGUGUGUACAAACAUAAAGGAUGGGGAGCCCGAAAUAAAGGCUGACAACUGGCCACCCAAACUACUUAUGCAACUAAUGCCAAAACAUUUGGUGGGCAACAUUGGUGGUCAGUUCCUUAAAGACUCAAAAAUGGUUGUUUUUCGUCCAACGAUCGGUGAAGGACACGACACGCUCGCCAAAAUGAUGACUUCCGGUUUUGCAGGCUGUGUACAUUUCUCAGCAAUGCCCAACGCACCAGCCUGUGACAUAAAAGUGCUCAUUUUACUGUAUACGCCUGACCGCAAUGCAUUCCUUGGCUUUAUACCUAAUAAUCAGACCAUGUUUGUUGAACGAUUACGCAAGGUUAUUCAACAAAAGCAGCACGGAGGCAUGCAGCAACAGCAGCAGCAACAACAACAGUUACAACAACAAAUGCAACAGGACAAUGCACAGCAGCAGCAGCAACAACAGCAACAGCAACACUAUAAUCAAUAUGGCCAACUUAAUAUGCAAUUGGGUGGUAGUGGUGGCGGCCCAGGCCCUAGCGGCAUGCCAAUGCAGCCACAAAUGUCAAUGAUGCAGCAGCAACGUAUGCCCAUGGGUGUAAGCGUUGGAGGUGUUCCGGUACCAAAUCCAAAUUUGCAACAACAACUACAAGUACCGCCUAAUGUGGCGGCCAUGCAACAGCAGCGAAUGGUGCGGCCCAUGAUAUCAAACAAUAAUCCGGGAUUACGACAACUCCUGCAACAUCAGACUACUGCCGGCACUCAUCGCCCCCAAAUAGGUAAUCAAAUGGGUGCUGGUGGUCCAAUGGUUGGAAAUCGAAAUUUUGACGAUGGGAGCUAUGAAUUUAUGUAGAUGGUUUUGUCAAUAUACAUUAAUAUUAAGCUUGCAAAUCUCAAAUUUGCUGUUUUCGGGAUGUUGAAUUGCAUACGCAGUAAGAUAUCAUUUUAAAAGUUGUAUUUAAUUUAAAAAUAAACAAUAACAUAAUCGG